ACGAGGUCCCAGUCGAAGUGCACAAGACCGGAACCAGUACUUGACUAUGUAAAUGUAUGUUUGUACCAAUGUUUGGUUUUCCACGCUGAUCUGGCCACAGGCUGACACAAGCUUGUCCAAAAGGCAAAGCACACCUGAACGCAGCAACAACUACUUAGGAGGUCUGUGCGUUUCGGUGAUCGGUUCGAAAAGAGGAUUAGUGGCAACGUGUAUCUAAUUCUCAGUGCGAAGAGGAUAUUAUUAUUUUGCUUUUAUAAUUCCCACCGGGCUGUUUAGUCAUACAACUCAAGAGUCAAGACUGAAGGUAAUCUGUGGUAACCGCUGAGAUCCAUACGUUUUGUCAGUCGACCUGAUCUCAAUGAAUAAUCAUCCACAGAGCCAAGACACUGUUGUUGUUUUUCUUAAUGACAUUUAAUAUUUGAAAGCAGAGCUGUGGUUUAAAUGCAAACUGACUGAACUUUCUGAUGUUGCUUUUCUAACCAUUGAAAAAAAGAAAGAAAGAGGGAACAAUCUUUGAAAGACGACGCAACAAGCUUUUGAAAGAAGAGGGAACAACUUUUGAAUGAAAAGGGAAGUAAUCUUUAAAGAAGAACGAACGUAACGGUGAUAUUCUCUUGAUGUCUCCCUAGUGUAGAAGAACCCUGGCUGCAGUUGGGUCCUCACGUGACUGUAUACACAUUUUUUUUUUUUUUAAAUUUCAUCUGAUAUUAGAAAGAAAGGAUUUGGAGUUUCAAGUUUUGUACUGCUGAUUUGAUCACGGAGAGAAUGGCCAGUGGGCUGCAAACACAGACGAUCCAUUCAGUGAUGGCGCAGUGCGUAGCUAACGAUGACGACGACACCAUCAACUUGUUGAACUUCGUCGAUAUGGCGUCCAGCAACAUCAAACUGGCUCUCGAUCGACCUUCCAAGUCGAAGCGGAAAGUCAACCACAGGAAGUAUCUACAAAAGCAACUUAAACGCUGUAGUUCGUCACCUAAACGUGGAAGUUCGGAGUGCAAGUCGGGCGAUCCAAAAACACACGGGAAUAAUACUAAUAAUUGCAAGUCCUCGAGAAAAGAAACAUCGCAAAUAGGACUUCAGAUCAAAUCGCUGCAGGCUCUUUUCGAUCCUAGAACCCUCCACCAAAAGUGCUGCACGGAGUCUAAGCCCCCGUGCGGACCCAAACAGCCCAUGAGAACACGAAAUCUACCGGCUUCCUUUUUCACCGAGCCAGUCAGAAACGGGGAGGACUGUUAUGUUAACGACAUUGCUGUGCCGCCAUUAGUAUUAGCCAACCCUUUUGGGAUGGUGGGUUUGGAAGCUAAUGGACAUUAUCCCACUUUACCAACGGACACUUUGGAAUCAAUUCUUGGACAUAAUGAGCUUAAUGAACUACUGUCGGGCACCUGGCAGGAUCCCCAGAGGGACUCUGCCAGUACCCCAGGGAGCGUGGAUACGUGCAGCCCACAUUCGUUCUCUGAUUCAUCAGACCCUUACACGUGCGGAUCUCCUUCCCCCUCAUCCAGGGAAUGGUCGCCACGUGCUGGGGGUCAAAUGACAGGGGUAUACCCCUCAGGAUCGGAGGACAAUUCGAACGCAUGCACAUUCUACCAAGGAGUUUAUAACUGUGACACUGGUGGUGGUGGUGGUCAAAUGUAUAGCAGUGCUUUCCAGAUUCCUCCAGAAAAACAUAUCUAUGCAGCAACGCCAAAUGUCUGCUUGGAACAAACAUCACUUCCUGGUUUUCAGUCAUUCGCUGUUAGUUCUUCAUCCAAUGUUAGGCAAGUCCAGCCUUUCAGCCACGGCUGGCCUGGUAUGGAACCAUUCUACACCCAUCUAUAGCAAUCAUAAAAACAUAAUUCAUAUGUGAACUCUGUUUGAAAGUGAACGAACAGUACGAGCAGCUGGUAAUGAGGGCAUGGUGUUAUGUUAACGUUCUACAACUACAAUCGCUUAAAAUAAUAACACAUGGAAGCUACAUGUAAAGAAUACAUUCUGAAUGGAUGUGCUUGGGUAUGCAAAAAAAAAAUGCAACAAUGCUUGACAAUACAAAAGACUUUCGAUUUCAUUACAGGAUUUCUCUUUUAAAUGCAUUUAUUGCGAGCCCAUUUCCAAUGGCUAAAAUAUUUCAUAAUCAGUUCUGAGGACAACAAGCUAUUACUUUUUUUUUUUUUGCAUGUCAGUAUCUUACUGUACUGUAAGUAUUUUGUUUUACCUAGGCUCUUUCUGCAGACUACUACACCUUGUACUUUCAGACUUUUAUAUAUUAUAAAUGCUAAACUGGCCAUACGUAUUUACGCUAAGAACAGUAUUGCGUUUCACACUCAUUUCUAUGUUAUUACUCCGAUAACACGGACAACAAAUGUAUUUAUCAAUAUAAUAAAUAUAGCAUAAUAUAUAAACCGUUUGGUGUUGUAGUUCAUUUUUGUUUUCAAUGUAAAUCCAUUCCUUGUACAAUCGACUAACUAUGCGAAUUGAUGAUGUAAUAUAAACUGGUAGAUUUGCUGAAGUCCAAAAUGUUUAUAUGGCAGGGGAGUUCAUCUCUGUUUCAACUAUUCAUAAAUAAUGCAUAAUUAUGUAUACGUAUUUGUGUAACAUAGGUGUAGCCAGUAAGUACGAAAAUAAGAUAUCUUUAGUGACAACUUCCCUAUCAAUCAACCGAAA